AUGUAUUUUCCCCGCGAGACCACGACUAUGGUGACGGCACUGUCAUCUACCAUCACCCCCCAUUCCACCUCUGUUCCCGGUCAUUCAACACAGGCAACGGGAGUACCAGGGAUCCCAGUUGCUACUGGUAACUUCGAUGCAUUCAAAUUUGGUGCUCCGGUACCUGUGCUUCCACUUGUAUGGUCUCCAAUUGCUCCAAGGGAUGAGCCACCCUCGCUUCCCUUCCCAUUCCACCCAGACAUCGAUGAUCAGAAGUAUUACCGCCUCGAUGAGGAUCCGUUGCAGGGCUGUAUCAGGGACGCCAUCAAGGAGGCAGGCAGGGAGCGUUGGCAGGAGCUCAUCAGCAACGGUGGGUGGACGAAUUUCCUGAUCGAGAGCAAAGGCCGUGGUCUGGUGGGCCAGGAUUCCAACUACGACGCCAAUGAAGUGAACGGUCUGCUCCAUCAGGUCCGUAUCCAGGCAGUGGCCGAGAACUCGGGACUCGACCCGGCAACAAACGAAACCGAGAAGUGUGCCGCUUUGGUAAAGCGGUUCACCAGUGAGCAAAUGCUGGAUGAGAUCAUUCUCAGCUGGGCGGAGGACCAGGGUCACAUAAGGAACUUGCCCCUGAGGAGGCCACAGCCCGAGAGACGGCAUGUCGUCACCGACGUGAUUGACAACGAGCGCCAGACCAAGAUCAAAGUCAUCGACGGCGUCAUUGGCUACGUCCGCAACAACCCCAAUGUUUCUGACGGAAACGAUCACCAAAUUCUGGUCAAAGUCGGAGAUGACGCCAUCGGCUUCCUCCCUAAGAGAAGUCAUAUCCCCGCGAACGCCACAGUUCCUGCCAACUCAACCCUGCUUGCCAAUUCUACGGCUCUUCACAACUCGACUGACUUUAUCGAUUGGAUCUUCAACCUAACUUUGCCUGGCAACUCGGCCGUCCCUGACAACUCGACCCUGCUUGCCAAUUGCACGCGUGAUGUUGACGAGUUACUUCACCUUGUCGAUGACCUUAUCGAUUGGAUCUACGAGCUAGGCUUGCCUGGAAACUCGACCGUCCCUAACAACUCGACCCUGCUCGCCACGGCGCCGAACAACUCAACUCGCCAUCUCGAUUCGCUCUUCUCUGGCAACUUGACUCGCCGUUUCAACCCGGCCUUGCCUGCCAACUCGACCUCCCAUGUAAGCCAAUUCGUUCGCCGCAGCCUCAACGCCGCAUCCCUCGCCGAGGACAUCUUCUCGGAAGUCGACGACGAAAUCGCUGAGGGCGUACGAGUCGCUAGUCUGGCCGACCCUGACAUUCUUGAGAUCUUCGGGCAGGACGGGGACCGCCUCAAGGGCUUCCUCGACCAGCCGGUCGUCCGCGACCUCAUGUACGCGACCACCAAGAAACACCACAACCACGGCAAGCACGGAAAGCACGGCAAGAAGGAGGAUUCCGUCUGGGCCGACCCCAAGUUCGUGCUGAAGUUCAUCAAGGACUCCGUGCAGGGCGUAAAGAACUCCGCGCAGAUUGUGGACGGCGUCGUGCGGGCCGUCGAGCACAAGAGCCAUUCCAAGCACAAGGGCCAUUCCGGGCCAUAA